AUGGCUUACCAACGAGCCGCAAAGCUGGAGCACAACGAGGGCAGGUACACUGGCCGAUCUAGAUGGUCAAACGGCCGGACUGCGAUGGAGGAUCGUGAGCUCGAGAGGACGAGCUACGAAGGCCACGCUGGGUUUGCAUUGCCGCUGAGGGUACGACGGACUUGGCUGGAGCAUUCGCACGAUGACGGCAAGUUAGUUGACAUCGUCGACAACGACAAACCUGGGUACAACGUGUCUGACUACGUGCACCCUGCAUUCACUUACGUGCAAGAUUGUGCAGCGACUCACAGCGUGCGCGGACGCGAACAGGCUCGCGAGUUCGACGAAUGGCGAUGUAACGCCGAUUCAGUUAAUCCAGACGCCAUUUGUCUACACGCGCACGAUCCCCAUCUGGCCCUUCUCGUUGUUCCCGAACCAGGGAUAGCAACACGGCGCAGGCAUACGCAACCAAUGGCAAUGCAACGCAAUCGUCGAUACACAUUGUUGCCAGGGUCGGCAAUGCAUCUAGGAUGGUGUGAACUUCGACAAGACGACAUGGAGUGGGCAAGCAAGAUAACUUCCAGACUACUUGCGAAACAGGAACAAUAA